CAAACAAGGGUUGUCCCACGCAUGCGCGCCACCCCCAGAUACUAACCCCAAUACGUGAGUCGUCUCCAUUUUAUUUUCAUUUAUUUCCUGUUUUAUCCACUGUUGUAUCAGUGGACGGCUAAAAGACAUUAAUAAACUAAUGAAAAGACUAAGUGAAGUGAACAUUUGACUGUUAUUAACUAUUAGAACACUGUGCGAUCUUACGUAAUAUUUUUUUCGUGACGCUUAAGGAGUGAGUUCCGGCGUGAUCCCCAUGCCUCGCUAGAUGCUGUGCGGCGCUAUCUGGACCGCGGCGCCCGUAUCGCUACGUCUAGCGGAGGCGUUCCCCGCUGCGCGUUCCUUCACCGCGCUCGCGAUGCAUGCGGCGCGACAUGAUGAUGACUCUAGCUUCAUAGAGAAUGGUCUGCUCUCGUACGAGAACCCCAACUACCACUUGGACCCGUCGCGCCUCGAGUCGGCGCUGUACAGCGAUCUCUACGAUAUGCAUGACGACAAAAUGCCGGACGAGUAUGACGCGUAUCUCGACAAUAGGAGAGUCGAAGACGAGGCAGCUUCGCCCGUGACGAAAACAAAUGAAAAAAGCGGCCUCAUCACUCCCCCCCAAAAUGGCGGCGAAGAGUCCCCCCCUCCAGAGAAAGAGCGGGCGGACCAAGAGGACUCGGAGAAGAGGCACGCGCCCGUCCCGCACUCGGCCGAGGGGCCGAAUGAUGAUCUGUACGCGAUCCCGGUUAAGUUGAGGGCGAAAAAGGAACCGCCUUUGCCUCCGGGGUGGGAGAAACAUGAAGAUAUGGACGGCCCCUACUACUGGCACAUAAAAAGCGGCACAAUCCAGCGAGAGAUACCGAAGCUGCUGCCCGUGGAAGCCAAGGAGUCCAGGAUCUCCAUGGUGCGGGACUGCUCGCUAUCGGAGGUGAACAAGUAUGACGGGGUCAUGACCUCCUCAGUUACCAGAAGUACCACUAGUGGGGCGCUGGCGGACCAUACAGAGCAGGAGGCUGAGAGGAAACGGAAGGAGGAGAUGUCAUAUAAACGGCGCAGUUUCCCCGCUCGCCCCGAGCCUGACAGUGCCCGUGCCGUCCGCUUUUUCGUACGGUCCCUGGGUUGGGUCGAGAUCUCCGAGUCAGAUCUGACCCCAGAACGAUCCAGCCGCGCCGUCAACAAGUGCAUCGUCGAUCUGAGUCUGGGCCGGAACGACCUGCUCGACCAAGUCGGUCGCUGGGGUGAUGGUAAGGACCUGUUCAUGGACCUGGACGAUGGGGCCCUGAAGCUCAUCGACCCUGAGAGCUUGAACACUCUGCACACACAACCCAUACACACCAUACGUGUGUGGGGCGUGGGCAGAGAUAACGGACGGGACUUCGCGUACGUGGCCCGCGACCGCGCGACGCGCCGGCACAUGUGCCACGUGUUCCGCUGCGAGGCGCCGGCGCGCAGCAUCGCCAACGCGCUGCGCGACAUCUGCAAGCGCAUCAUGAUCGAGCGCUCCCUGCAGCCGCCUCCACGCCCCACCGACCUACCCGCGGCGAGGCGUCCACGCCCACUCUCCGGGGCCUCAUUCCCGACGCCCAUGGAGGAGCCCCGCAAGACCGUGCGCGCGCGCUACCUCGGCAGCGCGGAGGUGCCGCGCGCCACCGGCAUGGAUGUCCUCAACGACGCCCUGGAGCGCCUGGCGGCUGCCAGGGCGCCGUCCGCGUGGAGGCCGGUCGCCGUGGCUGUGGCGCCGUCUAUGAUCACUAUUACUGAGGAAGGGGAAUCGAGCCCCAUAGUCGAAUGCCGCGUCCGCUACCUGUCGUUCCUCGGCAUCGGUCGCGACGUGCGGCGCUGCGCGUUCAUCGUGCAUACAGCUCAGGACAUGUACGUGGCGCACUGCUUCCACGCUGAACCUUCCUCCGGGGCUCUGUGCAAGACUAUUGAGGCUGCCUGCAAGCUCCGCUAUCAAAAAUGUCUGGACGCCCACGGCGGCGCGCCACCACGUUCACCUGGGGCAGGGUCGGGGGACUCCCGAGGGUCGCUCGGCCAGACCCUGAAGUCCAUCGUGGGCUCCGUGAUCGGCCGUCGGCCUUCUUGAACACAGGAGCAGAUAGAGAUGGAGAUUGCUACUCCCCACGAGGCGCACGCAGGCGCAGCGUAGCUUGCGAAUACCGGCUGCAGU